AUGAUAUUACUCUUACGAUAUGGGAAUGAGCUUGCCUUUCUGGAUGCAACAUAUCGUACAACUCGAUAUGCUCUUCCACUUUUUUUUCUUGUUGUUAAAACAAACAUCGAUUACCAAAUAGUUGCCAUUUUUGUGUGUGAAAAUGAAACAACUGAGGCAAUUACAGAAGCACUAAUGUGCAUUAAAGACUGGAAUCCAUCAUUUCAACCAACUUAUUUUUUUACGGAUUACAGCAAUGAAGAGAUAAACUCACUUGAAUCAGUUUUUGUUGGAUGUCGAGUGCAUAUCUGUGAUUUUCAUCGUGAACAAGCUUGGGAACGAUGGCUUUCCAAAAUUGCUAAUUGCUAA